AUGGCACCCAAAUACAUCAACAAGCUCGAGGGCAAGUCCGUCCUCGUAGUCGGCGGGACAUCCGGCAUUGGCUUCGCCGUCGCGGAAGCUAGCGUGGAGUUCGGCGCCCUUGUCGUCGUAGCUAGUCGCAGCCAGGACAAAGUCAACAAGACGAUCGAGAGACUCAAAGCAUCAUACCCCGACGCCACAGACCGAAUCCGCGGUCACACGGUCGACCUCAACAGCGAAGACUGCGAAACCAGCAUCACGGAGCUCUUUGAGUUUGUCACCAACGGCGGAAGGGACUCUGUCGACCAUGUGGUCGAGACUGCUGGAGAGGUCUUCUCUGGAUCUCUCCUGUUGCAGGAGGCCACGCCGCACAACAUACACGACUUCAGCAAAACUCGUCUCAUCGGCACCGCCAUCUUGGCCAAGGUUGCGGAGAAGUAUUUGAAGCGGGAACACACCUCGUCUUUCACGUUGACGGGCGGAGUUGGCGCGUACAAGCCAGUUCCCGGUUAUGCGGUGCGGGCGACCGUGUCAGGUGCCAAGGAUGCGCUGGCGAAGGGUCUUGCAGUCGAGCUCAAACCCGUGAGAGUGAACCUCGUCUCGCCUGGAGCCGUGCAAACAGAGCUGCUGGACUAUGUGACGCAGAAUUCCGGCGCAGAACAAGAGGCGGUGAUGCAGAUGUUCCGUAACGCCUCCAUCCUGGACAGAGUUGGAGACCCGGAGGACUUGGCUGAGACUUACUUGUCCUUCAUGAAGAACCAUUUUAUCACCGGCACAACAGCUCAUGUGGAAGGGGGAAUGUUAUUGAAGUAA